AUGGCGGAUGUCGAUCCCGGCUCCGAAGCAAAUCACCUCCCCGAAGCCGAGAAGGCCCCCAUGCAUACAAACAGUGAAGAAACUCCACCAACCUUGACAGAAGACAAGCCGACGUUUUCUGACGAGAAAACUGAAUGGCAAGAAGCGAAGGAGGAAAAAAGCCAAGAGAGCCCUUCAAGCCAAGCGGAGCAUGAAACGCAGGAGCAAGACGAAACUCAACAGGCAACAGCAGCGGGAGUAGCAGAGGCGGGUGACGAAGAUGAAGACAAGCCUGAAGUUCCACCAAAGGAUAACGAGGAUGACACCAAUGGCGCCAAAGUCGAACAGCAGCAAUUUAAUGCGCCGCCCGAGAUCCUGGAGCCGGAGCCCACGGGUGAGAAUGUGCCGGAUUCCCGAAUGCGAUCCGAUUCGAGGUCAACGACAGCUACUUUUGCGACCCAUCGAUCCAGCGUUGUCAGCUCUACCGUUUUCAUUGUGAACGCCCUAGACACAAUUGGUGCCUCCCGGGAAGCUCGGAGGAGCAAGGAUCUCGAGGAUGCCGUUCAAGUGGCAUUGAGCAACGUCAAGCAGUCCGACGGACAGCCUAUUGAUCCAGAGCUCAUCUUUCGGCCUCUUCAUUUAGCCAGCAAAACAUUGAAGCGAAGCCAGCCCGGAACAGCCCCUCUGAUUGAGCGAGCUAUCGAUGCAAUUUGCGAUUGCUUCGAGAAUGAAGCCACCCCGAAUGAGAUCCAGCAGCAAAUUAUAAAGUCUCUUCUGGCAGCGGUUUUGAACGACAAGAUUGUCGUGCAUGGAGCUGGCCUCCUGAAAGCCGUCCGCCAGAUCUACAAUAUUUUCAUUUACUCCAAGUCAAGCCAGAAUCAGCAGAUUGCCCAGGGAUCACUGACUCAAAUGGUGAGUACGGUAUUUGACCGUGUUCGGGUUCGGUUGGACCUGAAGGAACUCCGUACUCGUGAGAUCGAGAAAGCCACCACCAGCCUCGAUGCCUCGGCUAGCGACCAAGGCCAGAUCUCCGAGGCCGCAUCAGUAUCUGUGGUGGACACAGACCAGCCUGUCACAAAGGAGCCCAAUGCCGAGAAGCUCACUUUGCAGAGCUUUGAGUCACCCAAAGAAGUGACCACUGUCAAUGACAAUGCGCCCACUACGGUGACUCGUGCGAAGCGAUCGGCCACGCGCUCCAUAUCUGGCAUCGCCGAAGAAAAGGAAGAUGACGGGUCGGCUGAGGAUGAAGUUGAUGAAAUUUACGUUAAGGACUCUUUUUUGGUCUUCCGAGCCCUCUGCAAACUAAGUCAUAAAGUUCUUGGCCACGAGCAGCAACAGGACCUCAAAUCGCAAAACAUGCGGUCCAAGAUUCUUUCGUUACAUCUAAUACACUACCUCAUCAACAAUCACAUCGGUACAUUCACUUCUCCAUUAGCAGCAAUCAAGAACAGCUCAAACAGCAACGAAGGCAUGACACUUCUCCAGGCCGUGCGGCCACAUCUCUGUCUGAGUCUGAGUCGCAAUGGGUCCAGCGCUGUUCCACACGUUUUCAAGGUGUGCUGUGAGAUCUUUUGGCUGAUGCUGAAGGACAUGCGGGUUAUGAUGAAGAAAGAGCUGGAGGUGUUUCUGAAGGAAAUAUACUUGGCUAUCCUGGAAAAACGAGCUGCUCCUUCUUUCCAGAAGCAGUACUUCAUGGAAGUUCUGGAAAGAUUAGGAGGCGAUCCUCGUGCAUUGGUCGAGAUUUAUCUCAACUAUGAUUGUGACCGGACCGCAUUGGAGAACAUUUUUCAAAACAUUAUCGAGCAGCUGUCGCGAUACUCCAGCGUGCCAGUUGUUACCAGUGCUGCCCAACAACAGGCAUUCCAGGAGCACCAUACUAAGAUGUCUAGCCUCGGCGCGGACUGGCACCAACGCGGCACUUUACCUCCAUCUCUUACAACAGCUAACAUCACUCCCCCUCCUCAACCAGCGAUGCCAAGCAUUCCGUCAGAAUACGUUCUGAAAGUUCAAGCUCUCGAGAGCCUGGUAGAGAUACUGCGGUCGCUUGACAACUGGGGCUCGCAGCGCCUGGACGAUCAACCGGCUCAAUCAGCUGCCCCAUCCAAAUCGAUGGAUAAUUCGCGCGAGUCUCUCGACACUAAUGUCCUUGUUUCCCCUCGCCCGGAAGCCAUCGAGGGAGGAACUGGCCGAUCUACUCCCAUACCAGAUGACGACCCGAACCAGAUUGAGAAGGUCAAGCAGCGGAAGAUCGCCCUAAUGAACGCUAUUCAGCAAUUCAAUUUCAAGCCGAAACGUGGCAUUAAACUUCUUCUUUCAGAGGGAUUCAUUCGUUCGGAUUCCGCAGAAGAUAUCGCUAGCUUCUUGUUGCGUAAUGAACGCCUUGACAAGGCCGUCCUGGGUGAAUACUUGGGCGAAGGAGAACAGGAAAAUAUUGCCAUUAUGCAUCAAUUCGUCGACUUGAUGGAUUUCGCCAAGCGACGCUUCGUGGAUGGUCUUCGAUCAUUCUUGCAGCAUUUUCGUUUGCCCGGAGAAGCCCAAAAAAUCGAUCGUUUUAUGCUCAAAUUUGCCGAACGGUAUACAACUCAAAAUCCCAACGCUUUCGCAAACGCAGAUACCGCCUACGUACUUGCCUACUCGGUCAUUUUGCUCAACACCGAUCAACAUAGUUCAAAAAUGAAGGGGCCUCGAAUGACCAAGGAGGACUUUAUCAAGAACAACAGAGGCAUCAACGACAAUCAAGAUUUACCUUCUGAGUAUUUGAGUGCUAUCUACGAUGAGAUUGGGAGCAAUGAAAUUGUCCUCGAUACCGAACGUGAACACGCUGCCAAUAUUGGCAUUCAGACAUCUACUCCAGCUGGCCUGGCGACCCGUGCCGGUCAGGUCUUUGCCACGGUUGGACGAGACUUACAAGGAGAGAAGUACGCACAAGCUUCCGAGGAAAUGGCCAACAAGACAGAGCAACUCUAUCGCUCCCUCAUCCGAGCCCAGCGUAAGACGGCCGUUCGAGAUGCGCUCUCGCGUUUUAUACCGGCCACCUCGGUUCGUCACGUCGGUUCGAUGUUCAAUGUGACAUGGAUGUCCUUCUUGUCUGGACUGUCUGCUCCAAUGCAGGACACUCAAAAUCUCGAAAUCAUUCGGCUUUGCAUGGAGGGGCUCAAGCUAUCUAUCCGGAUUAGUUGUGCCUUCGACCUAGAGACUCCUCGAGUGGCCUUUGUCACUGCCCUAGCUAAAUUCACUAACCUUGGAAAUGUCAGGGAGAUGAUGGCUAAGAAUGUGGAGGCCCUGAAGACUCUUCUAGACGUUGCUUUGACCGAGGGUAACCACCUCCGUGGCUCUUGGCGAGAGAUUCUCACUUGCGUCAGCCAACUUGACCGAUUGCAGCUACUGAGUGACGGUGUGGACGAAGGUUCACUGCCAGAUGUAUCCCGCGCACCCACAACAUCAUCCGAAAAUGCCUCUCGGAAGUCCAUGCAAGGAUCCCGAAGAUCUCGCCCUCGCUCAGUCGGUGGGCCUGCAGCUUUUCGUAUGGAAAUUGCCAUGGAGAGCCGAUCUGCAGACAUGGUUCGUGGUGUGGAUCGAAUCUUUACCAAUACAGCCAACCUAUCUCAUGAAGCUAUAAUUGACUUUGUUCGUGCCCUGAGCGAAGUCAGCUGGCAAGAAAUUCAGUCCUCUGGGCACAGUGAUUCUCCUCGUACCUACAGUUUACAAAAGCUGGUUGAAAUUAGUUACUACAACAUGACUCGUGUGAGGAUCGAGUGGUCGAAGAUUUGGGAGGUCCUAGGCCAACACUUCAACCAAGUUGGCUGCCAUUCCAACACCACCGUGGUGUUCUUUGCCCUGGAUUCCCUGCGACAGUUGUCCAUGCGCUUCAUGGAGAUUGGUGAGUUGCCAGGCUUCAAGUUCCAAAAGGACUUCCUCAAGCCGUUUGAGCAUGUCAUGGCAAAUAGCACUACCGCUGCCGUUAAGGAUAUGAUCCUUCGCUGUUUGAUUCAAAUGAUUCAGGCUCGUGGUGACAACAUCCGAUCUGGAUGGAAGACUAUGUUUGGCGUUUUUACCGUCGCUGCUCGAGAACCCUAUGAGGGAAUCGUGAACAUGGCUUUUGACCAUGUGACCCAGAUAUAUAAUACUCGGUUUGGGGUUGUGAUCACUCAAGGUGCCUUUGCAGACCUCAUUGUUUGCCUGACGGAGUUUUCAAAGAACUCCAAGUUCCAAAAGAAGUCAUUACAGGCCAUCGAGACGCUCAAAUCCACCAUCACCAAGAUGUUGCGUGCCCCUGAGUGUCCUCUUUCCCACCGUGGAACUCCUGCCCAUCACUUCCAGGAGGAGGGAACCAACCUUGCCAAGCAGCUUACCCGCCAGUCACAGGAGGAGCAGUUCUGGUACCCCAUUCUCAUUGCGUUCCAAGAUGUGCUCAUGACGGGCGAUGAUCUCGAGGUCCGAUCGCGGGCUCUGACAUAUCUCUUUGAAACCUUGAUUCGACAUGGUGGUGACUUUCCUCGAGACUUCUGGGAUGUUCUCUGGCGUCAAUUGCUCUGCCCAAUCUUCGUGGUUCUGCAGUCUAAGUCAGAAAUGUCCAAGGUUCCCAAUCAUGAAGACUUGUCGGUCUGGCUCUCAACCACUAUGAUUCAGGCAUUGCGAAAUAUGAUAACCCUCUUCACUCACUAUUUCGAUUCUUUGGAGUACAUGUUGGGCCGGUUUCUGGAACUGUUGACACUCUGCAUUUGCCAAGAGAACGAUACCAUCGCUCGAAUUGGCAGCAACUGCCUGCAACAACUGAUCCUGCAGAAUGUCUCCAAAUUUCGAGAGCAGCAUUGGACCCAGAUCGUUGGAGCCUUUGUAGAGCUGUUUAGCAAAACCACGGCAUAUGAGCUCUUCACUGCGGCGGCAUCAAUGUCUAAAUUGACGGAUGGACCUGCAACCAAUGGUGACGCUGCACAGUCUACAGAGGUUGUGACCCCUGCAUCGGCUGAAAUUCCUGACUCCUUGCCUGCCAAUGGAUCUCAGAGCAAUGCUUCACUCCAGGAUGCGGGGGACCCCCCAGCGCAAAGCGAGGCACGCGCAGAAUUAGAGGAUUAUCGCCCCCAUGCCGACCCUCAGCCUCAACCUGCCGCUGUUACUGUGGCACGACGUCGGUUCUUCAAUAGAAUCAUCACCAACUGUGUGUUGCAGCUCCUUAUGAUCGAGACGGUUCAUGAACUCUUCUCCAACGAUAAUGUUUAUGCCCAAAUCCCCAGCCACGAGCUUCUGCGGUUGAUGGGCCUUCUAAAGAAGAGUUAUCAAUUUGCCAAGAAGUUCAACGAAGACAAGGAAUUACGCAUGCAGCUCUGGCGUCAGGGAUUCAUGAAGCAACCUCCCAAUCUUCUCAAACAGGAGAGCGGUAGUGCCGCUACCUACGUACAUAUACUUUUCCGGAUGUAUCAUGAUGAGCGCGAGGAGAGACAAAGCAGCCGUGCGGAGACCGAGGCGGCCCUGAUUCCACUCUGUGCCGAUAUCAUUCGCAGCUUCGUUCGUCUUGACGAAGAGUCUCAGCACCGCAAUAUUGUGGCCUGGCGGCCGGUGGUAGUGGAUGUUAUCGACGGUUACAAUAAUUUUCCCCAGAAAGGCUUUGACAAGCAUAUUGAGACCCUUUACCCGCUGGGAGUUGAACUUCUCAGCCGUGAUCUCAGCCCGGAGAUACGCGUCGCGCUGCAAUCUCUUCUCCGCCGGAUCGGCGAAGUCCGCCUGGGAGUGGCUCCGCCAAACCCGCUGGAUGUCCCGAUCAGCCCGCGGAGCUCCGUGUCUCAAAAAGUGUCGCGUCGCGAUAGCCAGGCGACGCCUUGA